AUUAUUUUUUACUUUUUUUUUUAAAUCCAAAUUUAAAUCCCGCAUGUAGAAGUUUUGUCCAAAGGAAGGCAGCGUCAAGGGGCAAUGAUUCAUCAAACCUGGCAGCUGGAUGGGGAACUUUCUAUACAGCUGCUGCCCGCCCUCUGCAUAUUCUCUAGUCAGAUACCAGGCGGUGACGGUGAGACCGCGACGAGGUUCCGAAGACGAGCGCCUAGAGCUCGAAAUAAGGACUCAACCGAACGGGUGGCAGUCAGCAGGUGCAAGUUCAGACGACGAGCUUAUUCUGUCUCUUACUUAUACAAGUGAUGAAGAUUCUGUUAUCUAUGAAUUUGAAGAACACGACAACGUCAGAAAUGAACAGGAAGAGAGUGCAACAACCGAUGACCGCAGCAGUUCAUCUAACUUGGAAGCUGGUAACCUGGGUACUGUAAAGCAGCUGCCUCUCGCGCCGAACAAUUUCAGCAACAAAAUAUCUAAAAAAUCUCGACAUAACUUAGGUCAAAAUUCAAAUCAGUUUAUAAGCAAAGCUAGUGGGCUAGUCACACGUUUUGAACAAAUAUGUUUCGACAUUAACAACUCCAGUGAGAGCAUCAACGACGCCGGGCGAGCCAAACACUCGACACGAGAUAUGUUUCACAGGCAAGAAAUUCGAGCAAAUGACAGAAAUGAUGAGUUGGAGAGGUCAAUGGACGCAAAAGAGGGAUUUAUCAACGAGACGAAGAUACACUUGCAUUCUUCUAGCAAUAAUAUAUACGAAAGGCCAGCACCAACCGGAGAGAGUGGAAUACAUAAGUCGUCUAAUGCCUCAUCUACAGAUGAAACCUCGCAGCUGUGUCAGAGCUUCACUGGUCUGCAUACGGGCGCCGUACAGGAGCAUCACCUCGCCAGCUUAAUCGUCAACCCAUUGGCGGACACAGAGCCCUUCACGUACAGCAGCCCUCCCAGGGAACCCGUCACUCUGGCCCACGACCUCCUCGAGGUUCAGUCGCAGCGCACCACUUCCAUCGAACUAGAGUGGGAUCAAGAACCUGACAUGAGUCAGUACAAGUCAACCAAAGCUCUUCACACGACCUCCCACACGGUGGACUCUUCGAUGGGUGGUCUCUCUUCGUCUCGUUUGCGCUCGCUGUGCUCCACGCCGGCGAGUCUAGAGUGGGAUUUUAAAGAAUCUACGACGAGUCUGCAGGCUGCGCCCCUCGUGACUCAGGAAGAUGAAGACCUUUGGGGUGCCAGCGAAACCGAAGAACUCUUGCAAGAGAUCGAACUCCUUGCUUCCCGAGCCCUGCGAGACGAAGACGAACUUGAGCCUGAGCUCGACGACAGAAGUUUCGACGAAAGAUAGCGAAACUAAACUCAAGUUGUAAAGGGAACUGUUAAAAAUAUUGUCUUUGAAUGGCUGUAAUACAAAAGGUGACUCUAUUUCUAAUGAGGAGUUAGUUUAAAACUUGUAUUGUGUCGUUGUAAUAGCUAAAACGAGUUGGUUUGGUGCAAAAGUCAGUUCUACCCAAUAGGGCACAUUCUUUUUUGAGCUAUAAAAUUUGAGAUAACGUUUUGUGUCAGGAUGAAAUGCUCUAGUGCCUUUAUACUGGCCACCUUAAAAAUGACAUGGCUAAUAUACAAUUCAUAAAUACAGUUCAUAUAUGAAAUAAGAUAAGAGCGAAACCUACUUACAAUUGAAAGUCUACAAAAUAUUAAUAAAAUAUUAGAAUGACGUCAUGCAUUUGCCAUUCAUAUAUCUUGGAAACGGAAGUAAAAGUAAACAAUCGGAAUGAAAUAUAAUAAAUAAUAAAUACAUUGUAAAAUGUCAACAACAGUGCACGGUUGACAAAUUACUGAAAAGAAAUGUAGAUUCCACUUCUCUGUUGCACAGCUAACGUGUAAGAUAAUUUUACUCAUGGCGCAAGAACACGUCGACUAUUUUAGCGAAAGACAAUAAUGCAACUUCAACUUACAUCUUGAAACAAAUCAUGAACGAAUCAUUAUAAGCUCUUUCGUUAAUAUUUUUGGAUCUGUAUUUAAUGUAUGCAAAAAUGUAGUCAGUCGUUUUAUGAAUUCCAAAUGGAAAACUUAUUUAUAUUUUUUAACGUUGAUCGCAAUUUUCGAGUGUACGUGGAAACUCACGCGAUUUAAAUUUUCCACGAAAUAGUUUUUAAACCGAAACUUGGCCGUUGAUAGUCUGCCGGAUUAAAUUCUAUGAUACAUGGCAAAUAUCCGGUGCAAGACAUUAUAACUCCAUACGGCUAUCAUUUUCUGCCAAAAUAAAUUUUUUAUCUAAACGACACUUCUAUGUUAUGAUGUUGUGUUGUCUAGUAUCGGUAUUUUUUAGUGAUACCUCAUAGUACAAGUUCAGGAGGGAAGGGGCUGUAUAUCUACUUAUAACAAAUUCAAUAGAUAAAUUUUAUAGAUCUUAACGUCUUUGAUACCGAUAUUAGGAUUCUCAUUUGAGCAAACCUGCUUGAGUAGCAUUAGUAUUUUGAGAACCAUGUAAAGGGAACGGAACUUGUGAACACUGCUCAAUAAUGAAUGACCUACUGCCUGGGAGACAUGAACCGAUUAUACCAUUUUACACUGCAGAAUAGUCCUCAAAAUUUUAUUUUGUAUUUUAUGGACAAUUUUAAAUAAUUUCUUCUAACCACAGUAGCUUUGCUCCUAUAGGAACAAUGAAAUCGAAGAAUUUCGAUUGUUUGUCGUGAUUCAAACCAUUACUUUACUUAGUAAACCUACAUAAAAGACAAGUUCAUUUAUAAUAUACUCAUUUUUUUGCUCUAAUGCAACGGUUUUGUUUGAUAGAAAUGACGAGAAACUACGUCUUUACCGGACACGUACGAGACUCAAACUGUGAUAACUCGGAGAUUUGUGGAAUAAAUUGACCGAACAAGCCCUGAACUUUCAGGUUUUCGUUCCCCGUGAUAUGCACUGUGACUUGAUUGCGACGUGCUUUCUUUUGGUUCCCCAAUAUGCAUGGUCUACGGCUACAUUAUUUAUUUAAUGUUUCAUUUUCGUGAGAGAUGAUGUGCAAACUAGACUACAGUAGACAAUAAGUGAAAGUAUCCAACCAUAAUGUAUGGACUUAGGUCAACGGAUUUUUUUUUAAAUACUGAAGUCCCAAUUAUUGCCUAAUGCAGGUAAAAAAGCGGAUAGAUUAUAUCCCUACUCGGAUAAAAUAAAAAUGGAAAAAGACAGCGUUCUAAUAAACACGAUAAA